AUGUCCCGGGAGAGCGGGGGCGAAGCGCAGCCGUCGCAGGGUGCUGCAAGCUCCGCGUCCAGCGGGUCGCAGGCCGCGAGCCAGUCCUCCUCCAGCUCCGGGACCCUCAGCUCGUUGGACACUGUUCCCACCCAGGAGCUCCAGUCGAUUCCUGAGGACCAGGAAUCUGAGGAGCUGGUUCCUCAGCCUUGGGGUCGCCUCUUUGCACUUGGAAAAGGUUUCAGCAACUAUGACUGUGUGAAUGAUGAGUACUGGUUUGGAAGAGACAAAAGCUGUGAUUAUAGUUUUUCUAAACUAGGAUUGUCUGAGACUGGCUUUUACCAAAACUAUAGUAAGAAGCACUUCCGAAUUUUCAGGGAAAUGGGGCCAAAAAAUUCCUGCGUUGCCUACAUUGAAGAUCACAGCGCAAAUGGAACAUUCAUUAAUAGAGAGCUCAUUGGGAAAGGGAAGAGGCUUCCACUGACUCACAACUCUGAAAUUGCACUGUCUGUACAGACUAAUAAGGUGUUUGUAUUUUCUGAUCUUAUGGUGGAUGAUCAGUUGGGGUUUCCUAGAGAAUUCAGAGAGAAAUAUAUCAUGUCAAAGACUUUGGGAAGUGGCGCCUGUGGAGAAGUUAAACUGGCAUUUGAGAAAAGCACUUGUAACAAGGUUGCAGUAAAGAUAAUCAAUAAACGGAAGUUUAUGGCAAGUGGCAUUAGAGAGGCAAGACCUGCUUUUAAUAUCAACACAGAAAUUGAGAUUUUGAAAAAAAUAGAUCAUCCUUGCUUAAUCAAGAUCAAAAAUUUCUUUGAAGCAGAGGAUUACUACAUUGUUUUGGAACUGAUGGAAGGAGGAGAGUUGUAUGACAGAGUGUCAAGACCGGUUAAGAUGGAAGAAUCUACUUGCAAGUUGUAUUUUUAUCAGAUGCUUCUGGCUGUAAAGUAUCUUCAUGAUAAUGGAAUUAUUCACCGAGAUCUAAAGCCGGAGAAUGUGCUACUUUCAUCUUCUGAAGAAAAAUGUCUAAUAAAGAUUACAGAUUUUGGACAAUCCAAGAUUCUUGGAGAAACUUCCCUCAUGAAAACAUUAUGUGGUACACCCACAUAUCUUGCUCCUGAAGUUCUAAAUUCACUUGGGACUGCUGGAUACGGCCGAGCUGUGGACUGUUGGAGUUUAGGAGUUAUCCUUUUUGUAUGCUUGUGUGGAUACCCACCAUUUAAUGAGCAGAAUACUCGACUAUCUCUGAAAGACCAAAUCACCCGUGGAGAAUAUACAUUUAUUUCAAAAGAAUGGAAGCAUGUAACAGGCAUGGCUCUGGAUCUUGUGAAGAAGCUACUUGUAGUUGAUCCAAGCAAACGCCUGACAACAGAGGAAGCCUUAGAGCAUUCCUGGCUUCAGGAUGAGGAUAUGAAGAGUACAUUUCAACAUUUACUUGCCCAACAAAUGCCACUAUGAAUCCACCACAAACAUCAAAAAUGCCAGCCACAAGUAGAAAACGUCUCCAUGAAAAUGAGGAAGAAUCUGGCUCUUCUAAGCGUGUUGUUCCUUCUAUAGCAUUUCAGAAAAUGAGGUGAAAAAAAGAAAGUGACUCUUGUUAACUGUGGUUUUUCUUUAUGUAAAGCAGACUUUUUAUUAAAAAUCUUAAUUAUGGAAUAACUGUUGAAAAAGCAAUUGUUAAUAAAAACAACUUUGUAAAAGUGAAGU